GAGGCGACAGACAGAACAACGGAUAAACACAAGUCAGGAGCCCAGUACAUUGGAACUCAUGGGAACUCUGAAGACGAACCAUUUAAUCUGAACCAGACUGUCAGAUUUGGAGGUGGAGGCUUUUAAUUCCAAUAGAGAAUUUGUAGAGGACAAAUUCUUCUGAUAUGGAAACAAGAAGUUCAAUUGAUUCCCAUGGGAAAACCGGGAGCGAUUCAAGUGGGAGCAGCACUGACCUUGACUGUCCAAAUGUGUCUAGGACACGGCAGGUGAGGAUUAUGCUAAUGGGUCAGACUGCAGAAGGACAGAGGUCAGUGGGAAACAUCAUUUUGGGGAAAGAUGCUUUCCCCGUUUCAGAAACGAAGAAGAGUGAGAGGCAUGAUGGGUUAGUGGCUGGGAGGCACCUGGCAGUUAUCACCACCGCAGAUUUGUUUACCCCAAACCUCUCUGAAGAGGAACACUCACAAGGGGUUAGGAGGUGUUUGGGCCUGUCUGCCCCAGGACCCCAUGUGUUCCUGUGGGUGCAGGAGAAGGGGAGCAUCACGCCAGAGGACUGGGAAGCCCUGAGGAGGUUCAAGGAGUCUUUCGGUGAGGAAGCUUCAAGAUACUCAAUGGUGCUGUUCAUGCAUGAAGACCACAAGGAAUAUAGCAGUUUUGGUGAUUCAGAAAGACCAGGUGAUAGUGCUCUCCAGGACUUUAUACAGGACUGUGGGGGCAGGUAUCACCUCCAUAGUGAGCGAAACCAUACACAAGUCACUGAGCUUCUCGAGAAGAUCCAGGAGAUUGUGGAUGAAAAUGGAGGGAGUUACUUCAUUGCGGAGAUCUUUAAAUGGUCAGAUAUUGCUUGGAAAGGGCUGAAGAGCAUAAAGAACGAGGCUUUUUCUGAAGAAGCUGACAGUGCAAAGAUGGUGGAAACAAAACCUGCAAAAUGUCUCCCAAGGAAGGGAAGAAGACGCACAUUUAGCCGUUCAAGAAGUCUGAUUGCCGAACGGGACAUCAGGGAAUGCGUGAGGAUGGUGCUCGUGGGAAAGUCUGGCGUAGGGAAGAGUGCCACAGGAAACACCAUACUGGGGAGAGAGGCAUUCACUUCCAAGAUGAAAAUGUUCUCUGUGACAAAGGAAUGUCAGAAAGAGACAGGGCGAGUGGCAGGAAGAGAUGUAGCGGUGAUUGACACUCCAGGCCUGUUUGAUACCACCCUGAGUACUGAGGAUGUCCAGAAGGAGAUCAUGAAAUGCAUGGGAUUGGCAUCUCCUGGACCGCACGUGUUCCUCCUGGUGUUGUCAGUGGGACACUUCACAGAAGUGGAGAGGGAGACACUCAGGUUUAUCAAAAUGACCUUUGGUGAGAAAGCUGGGAAGUACACGAUGGUCCUCUUCACCAGAGGCGAUGACCUGGGUGUUCAGUCCAUUGAAGAAUACAUUGCAGAAGGUCACCCCGAGGUCAAGAAGCUGAUCGAGGACUGCGGAGGCAGGCGCCAUAUCUUCAAUAACCGAGAAAAGACUGACCGAAAACAAGUCCUCGACCUGUUUAAAAAGAUCGAAACGAUGAACUGGGACAACGGAGGAAGCUGCUACACUUCUGAGAUGUUCCUGGAGGCAGAAAAGGCAAUGAUGCGAAUACAGAUGAAAAGGGAGAAAGAGGAGGAGGUGAAGAGAGAACUGGAGACGCUAGAAGCCAAGUACAGAUUUGAAAUUGAAUAUUUGAACAGGAAGGUGGUUGAGGAACGAGAAAUGCAGGACAGAGAGAGGAGGAGGGAGAAGGACGAAUUAAUGAAAUUGAUGCAAAGGGAAAAACUGGAGAUGACAGAAAGAGGGGAGCAUCACGAAAGAAGAGAUGACCACACAGAUGAAGAGCAGGGGGGAUUACUGGCAGGGCAGGCACUUCUGGAGAGAAAAAGAGGAGAUGAUGGAGAAGGAAGAAAAGGGGGCAGUAGACUAUGGAAAACAAAGCUACAUGUUAAAAAGAGCCAGGAGGUUGGAUUGGUGGAAGAAAAAUGUAAACCAGAAGAAAAAAGGGAAGGAGAUGAAGAAGGGAAUGAUAAGCAGAAGAUAACUGUAGAGGCAAAGGAUAGGAAGGGGAUCAAAUCACAGAACUUUAAAAUGCCAUUUAAAAGGCAGGAGAAAACAAGGCAAACACUCCAUAAAAAAAGAGAAGAAAAUACUGGAGAGAAAAGGGAAAGGGGUAAAAAGAAAUAUGUUGAUAAAAAAGAAACGGAGGCAGAAAAACCAAAGAAGGAGAAGAAGACCGCAGUGUUCUAUGGUAUGAAGAGUCAAGGGGGUGAUGCGGAGCCUGCAAAGGAGCAGAGAGAUUCGGAGAGAAAGAGAGGAGAAAAGAAAGAGCAGGUGGGUGAAGGUUCAGCCCGAGAAAAAAACAAACAAGAGAAGCUGACAGAAGAAGAGUACUCACGACUCCUAAACAAAAUGACCCAGAAAUAUGAGGACCUUGCAAAGCAGCAAGCAGAAGCAGAGGCAGAGGUUAAAUCCUUCAUAAUGAAACACCCAGAUCAGUUCGGGGCCGCAGACAGAAAAAGGGGAAAGAAAUGCGUGAUACAGUGAGCUGACAUCCUUCUCACAUCCUGCCACUCCAAACUGGAUUUCUGGGUAAAAAAAGUGUUAAAUCUAAAUGUAAAGUUAGUAGAAGGCUGGGAUUUUGAAGCAUUUGAAGCAUUUGAAGCAACACAGUUUAUGGAUAAAUACAAGACAUUGCUGAACAUUCCAUUAUUAUUGAUAGGAUCAUAUUUAGUAACCCUAUCCACUUUGCCCCCUUGUGGUUGAGUCGUGGAUGUCUCAAAUUAUUGAAAUAACUCCAGCUUCCCCCACGCCACGCAACAUCGCCAUAGAUUCCGACAAUAAUAGGCAUGUUCUAACAAUGCUUGAAACCAUUUAUUUACGUCCUUGUUCCAAUCUAAGAACAAAAAUAUGCAAUUCAGAAGUUGCAUGAAGAAACACUUUUAUUUUAUUUUUUCUUAGCUCACUUUUAUUCCACGUCCGGCUGACAUAUUUCCGGUUUGGUAGAAAUACCAAAUACCAUUAUUUGAUAUUGACAUAUAUAUGGAACCAAAUAUCCUACCUGCUUAUGAAGCUACAACUGUUUUCUGACUAACCUUGAUAUUUAUGUUGUUAUCCGUUCAGCCAUUUUCAAGAGACCUAUAUCUUUGCCAGAACUAUACCGAAGUGAAUGCCAUCUUGAAAUAUUUCUUAUUGUUGCAUAAACACAUUGCUAGGUGAUUUCAGUACUGAACUAAUGUAAAACAUGGUAAGCUUCUUGUACAGGGUUUCCUAUCCUUUCCAACAAGGCAUAAACUCAGUCAGGUGAUGGACAGUUUCGCAUAGCAGAAUGAAUAUACAAACAUGCAUAAUUUCAGGAUUUGGACUUGCUAUAGAUAAACCUGUAAUUGUACUGGCUAACGGAGCUCUGGUUAACCAAAUUUUUAAAAUAAAGUUCUAUUUUAAAUGCAAUGCAGUUUGGUUAGAAAGCAUUAGGGUAGGUUAGCCUUUUGGGAGAGCCUUUUGGACACUUUGGGCAUGCUUUAUAAAAAUAUACUCGUAUAUGAAUAAAACAGAUUUUGUUACAUAAAAUAUGUUUUAAUCGAAAAAUAAGCUUUUCUGAUCAUCCAUGUGCCUGGAUAAAAAGAUAUGCAGAUGUCUUUUUGGAGUGAUUUGGGAUCACUUGAGGUCACCUGGGUGCAUUCAAAAUGUGGAAUUUGAAAACCUGUCGAUAUCUUUACCAUAUUUUGACAUCAAGUUUGUACACAAACAUAAAGUAUUUCUGGUUUGGUCCUUGACUUCAGUGCUAAACUAUAAUAACAUAAGGCUUUAUGUCAUUUUUUCUGGACACUAUUUACAUGCUCUAACAAAUUAGUUUGUACCUUGUACCAUUCAAAUGGCUGAAUGGUUCAAGCGCCUUCUUUAGUCUUAGUUUUCAACUUUAGUGUGCAAUAAACAAUUUUCAAGAAAUUGAUGCUUUCAUAUGACUAGUGCAAAAUAGGUGGAAAUUGCUCUCUGGGGCAAAGUGGAAAGGGUUAACAUUGAUUAUGAUGUGAUCUGUGAAUUGUUUUUUAUAAAACCUCUGUUCUUUCAAGCUAUUUGGCACUUUGCUAUUCCUUGAGUGAGAAAAAUGAAAUGAUGAUGAAUGAUAAUGUAUGAUUAAUUGGUAUUUAGGCAAAAGUACUCAUUUAAGAACAACCCACAUUGAAAUCUGUGGAGGAGGGGGCUACAUGUAUUUUAAAAUGUAUUGCCGCAUAUUUAAAAAAAAAUGUAUUUCUUAUUCUCUGCUUAUGAAUAAAAUCAAAUGUAUCUGG